GCAUCACUCUCUGUCAUCUUGGCAUCACAGAAACUCUUUAUUCAGGCAACCGCCCACAUACAGGUUUCCAAAGGGCUGGGAUGGACACUUUACUCCAGAGGGUUGGUGACACUGAAGUCCUGGUGAGAUGUCCUUGAGUGGCAACGCAAGCCAAUCGUCUUUGUCAGCGCCACCUCCGCCUUUGCUCUUCAACAGCUCCACCUCUCCACAUUCCCUACCAUGGGAGAAGGAACGAGCCGGUCAAGAGUCUUUGCAGGAGUGGCCUGGGAACGACACCGAGCUCCUGUCGGACCUCUCUGUUCUCGGGCAUGACGAGCUGUGCCAUAUGUCUCCUGUCCUCACAGCAUGUCUAGUAGUGUGGUACAGCAUUACAAUGGUGCUGGGGCUGGUGGGGAAUAUCGGCCUCAUUUGCAUCAUUGCCCGUCGCAGAGAAAAGGCCAAUGUCACCAGCAUUUUCAUCUGCAACCUGUCAUUCUCUGACAUCGUAGUGUGUGUCUUCUGCCUUCCCUUCACUGUCAUCUAUACGCUCAUGGAUCACUGGGUGUUUGGAUCGCUGUUGUGUCGGCUGGUGCCGUUCAUCCAGUGUGUGUCUGUGACUGUAUCCGUGCUUUCUCUAGUGUUUAUCGCUCUAGAAAGACAUCAGCUCAUUAUUAACCCUUCUGGGUGGAAACCAAGUGUUCCUCAGGCCUACGUGGUAGUUGUUGUCAUUUGGAUUCUGGCCUGUUUCACCUCUUCGCCUUUCUUGGCCUUUCAGCUGCUUACAAAUGAGCCCUAUGCCAACGUAAUCCUGCCCCAGUCCCCGCUCCAUCACCAAGCUUCUCCUCAGGCUUACGUCAGUACAUCUCCACCUCAACCUGUCACCUACACAUACAAAAACUCAUCCGUGCUCCCAAAUUCACACCGCUCCCUUUUUUCUUACAUCCCCACCACACAUAUGGAAGCCUGUGUGGAGCACUGGCCAUCCCACCAACACAGGGUUGCUUACACCACAUGGCUCCUGCUGUUCCAGUACUGCGGCCCACUCCUGUUGGUCCUGCUCUGUUACGUUAGAGUUUUUGUGCGCCUUCGCCACCGCAAAGACAUGCUGGACCGUGCCAGGACCACAGAGAACCAGCGAAUGACCCACAGCCGCCGAAUCAACAUCAUGCUGGUUGCUCUCAUAACUGCCUUUGCUCUUUGCUGGCUUCCGCUCACCAUCUUCAACGUGGUAUCGGACUGGAACCAAGAGGCCCUGCCUAUCUGCCACCACAACCUGCUGUUCUCCCUCUGCCACCUGCUGGCCAUGUCCUCCACCUGCAUCAACCCCAUCAUCUACGGGUUCCUCAACUCCAACUUUCGGCAGGAAGUGAGGGAGGUGCUCCUGCACUGCCGCUGUUACCCCCUUGAAGAAGAGUGUGAACGUUUCCCUAUGUCCACCGUGCACUUGGAAGUGUCCCGCACCUCUGUGCCUCCCCACUGCAAGAACAACUCUGUCUGACUUUACCGUAGGAUGAUUGUAGGAUGUAGUAGGACACAUUUUUGGUGUUUGGUUUACCUUUAAUGACAGUACACACGUUUUGACAUUGGUUUAAAAAGUAAUAUUUUUUUGUGGUUUGAAGUGAAGUGCGUUGUACAAUGUUGGUUUAUCUUUUCCUGCAGUAGAUGCUAAUUAUAACAGAAGUGCGCUGAUGAAAAAUAAUCUUCAAGCCACGCUUUGAACACAUCCGUUGCUGUCAAUUUCAUGCUUCAUGCUAUGUAAUAUUUGUCACAGUAUUCUGCUUCUUUGCUGCUUAUUCUAACAGAAAGUUAUAUUGCAUGUGCACAAAUGGGUGUAAAGUUAAAGUGUGACUUUAGACAGUUGCUG